AUGCCCGUCCUCCCCUCCCUCUCCGGCUCCUCCUUCGACACCGACAUCCGCAACCGCCAUCUCAUCUACGAUUACGCCGCCCAAGACCCCCACGGCAACCCCGAGAAAUGGCGCUAUGAGAUGUGGUUCUACAACGACGACCGCAUCGUAUACGCAAUCCACGGCGGGCCGAUGGCAGGGCGAAAGAACUUCCAAACAGCAACGUACCAAUGUAUUCGGCCCAACGAGCUGUGGCAGUGUAACUGGCUCGAGGAGACGGGGACGAUAUGUUCGUUGGUGUAUGACAUCCCGCGCAAGCGGAUUACGACCCUGUUGGGUUUUUCGAGGGGGCAUUGGGAGCGGAAUGGGGAGGCGAAGGGGGAUAAGCGGAAUGCGGAGGAUAUGGAGAGGUGGAGGGGUUUGGCGAAGAUUGGGAUUCAGACGGAGAGGACGCUGCUGAGUGAGCAGGCGGAUAUUGUGGAGGAUUUUCGCGGGCCGGGGGAUUUGGAGCCGAUUGAGAUGGGUUGGGCGACUUUGUGA